CUUAUCGCCAACCUAGGAAGUCAUGCGCUGGCUGUUGUAAACAAACAAUUAUUUCCUUCCUACUUUUCAACUGAAACUGUGUAACACUCAAUAGCAGUUUAUGGCAACAAUUCUAGGACUUCCCGAGGAUUCGGGUCGAUCCCCUGGAGAGUUAAGAAUUCUAAAAGUGAAAAUACUGCAAGGCGUGUCUCUAGCCAAAAAAGAUAUAUUCGGAGCAAGUGAUCCCUAUGUGCGGAUCAGGCAGUUCCGUGGAGAUGUGGAAAGUGGAGAGAUUUCCACGGUGCAGACCAAGACCAUUAAAAAGACACUAAAUCCCAAAUGGUAUGAGGAAUUCCUUUUCCGGGUUGAUCCCAGAGACAAUCGGCUGCUGAUUGAAGUCUUUGACGAGAAUAGAUUGACACGAGAUGACUUCCUUGGCAUGGUGGAGUUCCCGCUCACAAAUAUUCCAACGGAGCGAGAAAACACAUGGAAUCACCACAAGGACUAUCUCCUCAGACAAAGAAGUCCCAGGUCAAAGGUCAGAGGCUUUCUCCAGAUGACGAUUGCGUUUCUGCGCGAUGAUACGGUUCCUGAUGUAGAACAACGCAGGGAGGAGGAGACGGAUUGGGAGCUGGUAGAUGUUGACGAAGAGAACACUUCCAAUAGUCAGGCUAGUGAGAGUGCUCCCCCAAGAUCUGCUGCCUUGCCCACCGGAUGGGAAGAACGAGAGGAUGCUAAUGGACGACGCUACUAUGUAGAUCAUGCUAACAGGAGAACACAAUGGGAAAUCCCUACAGUGCCCUCACAAGGACCUCCUACUGGGUUACCGGCCAGUGUGCAGGAAGAGAUGCGUGCCCAGUACCGGGCAAGAAGACACAUCAGUGUGGAGGAUUCCAUAGAGAGCAUGGAUACAGAAGAUGGGACGCAACGACCAACUCGUCAAUAUCGAUCACCUUCACAAAGGAGUCAAGGACCACCAGCAGUUCCCUCUCCAGCUCAGCCAGGUUCCCAAGCACAAACAACACCGCAGAAUCAAACUCAAAGCAAUCAGCCCUUUGGAGCAGACUCUGCUGAUCCACUUGGUACACUGCCCAUCGGCUGGCAGAUGCAGAAAUCAGAAAGUGGACGCGUGUUCUUCAUCAACCAUAAUACACGGACGACAACAUGGGAAGAUCCAAGGAAGCAGAGGCAACAGCAAGAUGACCUUGGUCCUCUACCAGCUGCCUGGGAGCAGAGGAUCCACGCUGAUGGUAGAAUAUUCUUCAUUGAUCACAACACGCAUAGUACACAGUGGGAAGACCCAAGACUGCAGAACCCUGCCAUUGCUGGACCGGCGGUUCCAUACUCUAGAGACUACAAGAGGAAGUAUGACUACUUCAAAUCGAGACUCAAGAAGCCGUCCAACAUUCCAAACCGCUACGAGCUGAAGUGCAGUCGAUCUAGCAUCAUGGAGGAUUCCUAUCGUAACAUCAUCAGCGUUAAGAACACAGAUCUACUCAAGGCAAGACUCUGGAUUGAGUUUGUCGGCGAGACGGGUCUGGACUAUGGUGGUGUUGCAAGGGAAUGGUUCUUCUUACUAUCAAGAGAGAUGUUCAACCCUUACUAUGGACUCUUUGAGUAUUCAGCCAUGGACAACUACACUCUUCAGCUCAAUCCUGCUUCAGGGGUGUGCAACGAGGAGCACAUCUCGUACUUCAAGUUCAUUGGACGGGUCGCUGGCAUGGCUGUGUACCAUGGGAAACUACUGGAUGCAUUUUUCAUCCGCCCAUUCUACAAGAUGAUGGUUAACCGGCAGAUCACUCUGCAUGAUAUGGAAUCAGUGGAUACCGAGUACUAUAACUCACUGUUAUGGAUUAAACAGAAUGACCCCGGUGACCUUGAGCUGACCUUUUCUGUAGAUGAAGACAACUUUGGAGCUACAAAGACGACGGAACUGAAACCCAACGGCUCAGAGAUUCCUGUGACUAACUUCAACAAGAGAGAGUACAUACAGCUUGUAAUACAGUGGAGAUUUGUAAACAGAGUCCGGGCUCAGAUGACGGCAUUCACGGAGGGAUUUCAAGAUCUUAUUCCGCUGGACUUGUUGAAGAUCUUUGAUGAGAAUGAAGUUGAGUUAUUGCUUAGCGGUCUAGGAGACAUCAACGUCAAUGAUUGGAAGACCAACUCAGCUUACCGAGGUGGUUACCAUGCCAACCACAUUGUUAUACAAUGGCUAUGGAAGGCCAUUCUUUCCUUUGACACUGAAAUGCGUGCCCGCCUCCUCCAGUUUGUGACGGGUACGUCUCGCGUUCCGAUGAACGGGUUCGCCCAUCUGUACGGCAGCAACGGUCCGCAGCUCUUCACAAUAGAGAAAUGGGGCACUCCAGAAUCGCUACCCCGAGCUCAUACGUGUUUCAAUCGAUUGGAUCUCCCUCCUUACGAGUCCUACUUCAAACUGAAGGAGAAAUUACGCACUGCAGUCGAGAACGCUGAAGGCUUCGAAGGGGUCGACUAAAAAGUCACAGGCAUAAUGACCCCCCCCCUUCAGCAAUGUCCCGCCUCCAGAAGUGAACUCCUACUUAGCCUGAACAUCUAACGCCACAUUUCGAGUCUCAAGACAACAUACUGACCGUCAUGUGGUACGGAUGUACCUUUUAUUUAGCAUUGGUUUUGCAGUAAAAGUUUACAGACAGGUUUACAUAUCAAACAUCAUUAUAAGGAUGUACAUGUACUGUAAUACAUGUACAUCCAAUGAUAUCGCUGGUUCUGCCAAUACCUUGUGGAUAAGGACAGGGGACCACUCUAAACCAUACCAUACUUAGCUACCCACUGCAAGACCCUACUUAUGUAGGGGGAUCCUUUGCUUAAACCAGGGCCCAAUUUCACGAGCAAGCACCGAAUUACUGCGCUAGCCUUGUAAUCGUAGAAUGC